GGAGAAGGUUCUGCUCUUCUUCACCCGGACAGCAGGUCCCACCCUCGGUCCUUGGAGAAGAGUGCAUGGAGGGCUUUCAAGGAGUCACAGUGUCAUCACAUGCUGAAACACCUUCACAAUGGAGCCCGGAUCACUGUGCAGAUGCCUCCCAAUAUUGAGGGACACUGGGUCUCUACUGGCUGCGAAGUUAGAGCAGGCCCAGAGUUCAUCACAAGAUCUUACAGGUUCUACCACAAUAAUACAUUUAAGGCCUAUCAGUUUUAUUACGGUGGCAAUCGCUGCACAAACCCUAUCUACACAUUAGUUAUACGUGGCAAAAUACGUCUCCGCCAAGCAUCCUGGAUCAUCCGAGGGGGUACGGAAGCUGAUUAUCAGCUGCGCAACAUACAGAUCAUAUGCCAUAACGAAGCAGUAGCCAAGAAAUUAAGUGAGCUGGUGAACCACACAUGUCCUGGAUUUAUACCAGAAGGUAGUCCCUGGGAGCAGGAUGUGAGCUACGAUUUGCUGAGAGAAGAGAACGGCUGUGAAUGCACCAAAGCUCUAAAUUUUGCCAUGCAUGAACUCCAGCUGAUCCGCGUGGAGAAGCAAUACCUGCACCACAAUUUAGACCACCUUGUGGAGGAGCUAUUUCUCGGGGACAUUCAUACCGAUGCUACUCAGAGGAGGUACUAUCGGCCCUCUAGUUACCAACCUCCUCUUCAAAAUGCCAAGAACCACGACCGCACGUGCAUCGCAUGCAGAAUCAUCUACCGGUCGGACGAGCACCAUCCUCCCAUCUUACCCCCCAAGGCGGAUCUGACUAUAGGGCUACACGGAGAGUGGGUGAGCCAGCGCUGUGAGGUGCGGCCGGAGGUCCUCUUCCUCACUCGGCACUUCAUCUUCCAUGACAACAACAACACCUGGGAAGGUCACUACUACCACUACUCCGACCCCAUCUGCAAGCACCCCACCUUCACCAUCUACGCCAAGGGACGCUACAGCCGGGGAGUGCACUCGUCCAAAGUGAUGGGUGGCACGGAGUUUGUGUUCAAAGUGAAUCACAUGAAGGUCACUCCCAUGGAUCUAUCCACAGCCUCUCUGCUCAACGUCUUCAACGGGAAUGAGUGUGGAGCACAGGGGUCCUGGCAAGUUGGGGUUCAGCAAGACGUCACCCACACGAACGGCUGCAUCGCACUCGGCAUCCGCCUACCUCACACCGAGUACGAAAUCUUCAAAAUGGAGCAGGAUGCCCGGGGCAGGUACUUGCUGUACAACGGCCAGAGACCGAGCGACGGGUCCAGCCCCGACCGACCAGAGAAGAGAGCCACUUCCUACCAGAUGCCUUUAAUUCAGUGCGCUUCAUCCGUACCCAGAUCUGAAGAGUCACCAGAGGAGAAUAAAAUAAGGCUGUACAGCAGCAGGGCACCGGAAAAAUACCCCAGCGCACCAGCUCUUGCUUUGGUGUUGUUUAUUUGUACUGUGUCAUAUUGGGACAUUCUCAGCUAGAAGUGAAAAAAACCCUUAUUCUUCAUGACUACAAAGCCAGGAUUCCACCAGACUGGGGGUUGUUUUUCUUCUGAAAGAAAGGGACAUUUAUUUUCUUGAUGCACUUGAAUGCCUGAGAACUGUUGUUCUUUUCCUUACUUCCCCCCUCCUCCUCGAAUCCCAAACGGCACUCGUUUGAUGUUUGUGCUUUGAACUUCAUCCAGUCUGAUCCCUGGCCUGACAUGACUGCACAAAAGUAAUUGCACUUUAGGACUGCAGACUUUUGGGGGGAGGGAGGGGGUCUCCUUUUAUUAUUAUUUUUUAACUGCUGGGGUGAACGUUAUGAUCCUGCUUCAGUCGUCUCUGCCAUCUUACCAUUGUGGUACUCUUCUCCCCGGCGCCCGGUUUCUCAUCGGAAUAUCGCUCUGGGGAAGGGCUCGGUGUUGUGCCAGUACUGUGAUAGCAGCUUCCCCCUCUGACUUCACAGCUCUGAUGUAGAUAUGUAUAUAAGGAGGAAACCCACAAAGAUUUAUCUUGUCAUUAUCUCACAGCUCAGCUCGUAACACAAAAAGACAAAGCAAAUCAACAGCCCUCCGGCCAGAUAGUGCUAAACAGUGGAUACUUCUAAUUAAAAAAUAUUCCAAGUAAUUUAA